AUGCGCAACACGCUCAUUUUCGCCGGCAACUCAUGCCCAGCUCUCACAGGCCAAAUAUGUGAGAACUUGGGCAUGACUCCUGCCCAAGCGGAGCUGACCCAGUUCUCCAAUGGCGAGACAAGUGUCCGGAUCCUAACAAGCGUCCGAGAGAAGGAUGUCUUCGUCGUCCAGUCUGGGAGUCCCAGAAUCAACGACUCCAUCAUGGAGUUGCUCAUCAUGAUCUCUGCUUGCAAGGGUGGCUCUGCCAACAAGGUCACAGCUGUGCUCCCGUACUUCCCCUACAGCCGACAGUCCAAGAAGAAGUCUCCUAGAGGGGCUAUUACCGCAAGGAUGCUGGCCAACUUGCUCGGCGUUGCUGGAGUCAAGCACGUCAUCACCGUGGACCUUCAUGCCUCGCAGAUGCAAGGCUUCUUCAGGUGUCCCGUCGACAACCUCCACGCUGAACCCAUCAUUGCCAAAUGGAUCAAGCGAAAUGUUCCAAACUGGCGAGAGGCUGUGGUGGUGUCCAAAAACCCAGGAGGAACAAAGCGAGUUACGUCACUCGCAGAUGCUCUCAAGCUGAAUUUUGGGCUGGUCACCACCGAAAGGAGACGCGGGACAACCAUGACGGGCAGCUUGAUCAUGAACCAUCUUGAUGGGCUUGAUCGGCGGUCUGAAAUCGGGGAGUCGGCGCAGAGCGAAAGUCGGCUUGACAAGCCCGCCCCAAGUCACGAUAGAGCAAGGACCCCCGUUAGGAGUACUAGAGUCGUAACCGACUCGCAAGGUUCGCCUAUUCGGUCUAGCGAUUUGUCGACAAGUGCGACGAAUCUUGCUGAUCCUGUUGCAGUAGCUCAACCCGCAACACGGCGAAAGAGCGCUGUGCAGCUCGACUCUGACUAUGAUGAUCGUCGUGCCCAAGAAGUCAUUCACGGCCGGCUGAUUCAAGGUCACAUUGUCGAGGAUGACUUCCCAUCUCCAGGACGAUCUACGGCGGGUAACAGCGUGCAGGGCGAUGAUCCGAUGACCAUGUCUCAUGCUUCAUCAUUCUUUGCGCCCGAUCGUCAGUCGCUGGCCGGUGGCGCCAACGGCGAAAGCAGCUCCGACGAGGAAGACAAUGCUUUUGAGGAUCCCAGGGCAGAGCACAUGAUCACACUGGUGGGAGAUGUGAGAAAUCGCACCGUCUUCAUAGUCGAUGACAUGAUUGACAAGCCAGGGUCAUGGAUCGCUGCGGCUGAGACCGUGGUUAAGAAGGGCUUGGCUAAGAAGGUGUACUGCAUUGCUACCCAUGGUGUCUUUGGCGGAGACUGUCUGGAGCAACUGCAAGCAUGCGAGUGCAUCGACACCAUUGUUGUUACCAACAGCUUUCCCAUCAAUGAGGAACGAGUGAGAAACUCGAGUAAGCUGGUCAUUUUGGAUCUCUCAUUUCUCCUGUCUGAAGCCAUCCGCCGAAAUCAUUAUGGCGAGUCCAUUUCUCCCCUGUUUCAACAUAUCGGAGAUUGA